GGGUUAUUGUUUUGUUGAAUAAGGAACAAUGUAUGUUUGGAUUGUGAGAAGUAAAGCCCCGACCAGAUUUAGUUGAUUAGUUAAUAUAACGUUGUUUAGUUGUUAAUCCGUUUAUGUACUUUGUUAAUAUACUUUUCGUUAGACUAUAACGAUUCUAUAUCAGUAUAUAAUUAAUGUUUGUGGACGAAGUUGUGAAACUUAAUGCUGAAGUGUUUGCUUAGUUAAAUACCGUAUAUUAUCUCCGAAAUACGCAAAUUUCUUGAACAUAUCCAUGAAAGUCGAACAAAAUUUGAUCAAAAAACCGUCGAUGGUUGAAGUCCAAAUGGUCCCAACAAUUUUAUCACGUAAAAACCCAACCAAAACUCCCCUAGCAGUAAGACGCGAGCGAAUGCGUAAAAGGAAAAAGCUGCACAACAUCCUCCAAAGAUUGGCGAGACUACAAGGGUGGACGACAGAUGCGACUGAUACUACACAAGACAACAUCCGACCGGAAUCAGUUGCAUUGGAUUUGCGAUCACGUAAGAGCUAUUUCGAUGAAGAGACGAUCCGUUGUCCUUCUAUUGUGGUCGAACCGAACCGGACUGACUUCAAUGAGCCUCAACGCCAGUUUGAAGAACUGAGGCCGAGCCUUAAACCUGAUAGCGAAUGUAAGCCAGUACGUAUUAUCGAAAUGGGGGCAGUCUCAUCGGAAUGUCGGAAAGAUAGAAUCAAGUCUCAAUCUUCCGUUUCGGCUACCGCCAUCGAAGGAUCAACCGAUUUCAACCAAACUCAUCGCGUAAAGGCCGGACGGUUGUCGAACAUUGCACCGUUGCUGAACAUCCAUCCUGAGACGGAAUUGGUCCUAUCGAUAGGAUACCAGUCAAAUAUGGCACGCAAAUGUGCAGGAGCCGAGAAUCGUACCCCCCAACAGCAAGCGGAGCGUGAUAGGAAUACAGCAGUUGCUCGCAUAUAUCGCGCCAAGCGUAACGCCAUCGAGGAAAUGACGCUACGUGAAGUGGAAAGCUCCCAGGAAGCUUUCUCGGAGAAAUUGAACAAAUUGGCGAGACACAUUGCAUGUUUGAACAUGAUGCUAGCGAGGGCUGAUGUGCCCACAGGGGAUACCUCGAGUGGGUGGAAUCGGAUGAACGGAAGUGCUAGUAGUUUAGAUGAUAUUACUGACAGAUUGCACAUUCCGGAAAGGACGAAGGGAUGGAUAGACCAAAAUAUCAAAACUGAGCCAGAAAUGGAGAUCGGGCAGGAUAUUCUUAAACAAGAAACAUAAAUGUUGUAUUUGCCAUAAAGCUCAUUGUCCUACUUCAAAAAUGUCGGUGGAGCCCUUGACACAACACCUUAAAUUUUUCAUUAGUUCUGAAAUCGUCAUUUUAAGACGGAAACUUUUUGCAUUUGCUCAGGGUUUUAUUUUCACGAGAAUAAAUAUUUUGCACGACGUCCCGUUCGAAAAUUCAAA